GUGAACUAAAUUUAUUUGCAAAUAAGAAGAAGAGCAAGAAUAGAACUUUGUUGUCGAGCGCUUUUGCAAAAAAAUUUAAAAAAUUAUUCAAACGUCGAAUAUGAAUUUAUUAAGUGCAAAAUAUAGUGUGCAUGUGGAGAUAUGCCUUAAACCAAAUGAAAACCGGCUAGAAGCGCUGGAAAAGUUGCUUGACGCACCUGUACGGGAGUACAUUUCAUUGGCAAAAGUGCCGCUGGGCGAGACGAUAAAAAUUGAUGAGACAAUUAUUGCAAACAAUACCACGCUGGCAGAUCUAAAAUUAGUUGAAUCUCUACUUGUGGAAUGUGAAGCCAAAAGCAAUGAAGAGUUACUCACUGAAACUGACUUGAAGCAUUUAAUAUUACAUUUCUUCAGCCCACAAAGACGUGUUAUGGAACUGGAAACUUUUGAUAUUGAGUCGAAUGAUGGCGGUGAUGGUGAUGCAGUACCUGCAUCCAGUCAUUGGCUGUUACCAUCAAGCAGCUUUCUACACUUAUGGGAGAAUUUAAUUUAUGAAAAUGGUUUGAAAGAAAAGCUGCUAAAGUUUGCACUUUCGGCGCUGAUAUUCUCUCAGCACAGCGUAAAUCCUCAUAUAAUUUCCUGCAAUCGCUUACUACUACUGCAUGGUCCACCCGGUACCGGCAAGACCAGCUUAUGCAAAGCGCUAGCUCAAAAACUAGCCAUACGUGUGCGUCGUACGUUUCGCCACACACACUUAAUUGAAAUCAAUAGUCACAGUUUAUUUUCCAAAUGGUUUUCGGAGAGCGGUAAACUGGUCAUGCGGUUAUUUGCGAAAAUACGAGAAAUUGUUGUUGAUCCACAUAACCUGGUAUGUGUAUUAAUCGACGAAGUUGAAUCGAUGGCAUAUGCACGUGAUUGCAUGUCGGGGCAGGAGCCCAAAGAUGCCAUGCGUGUGGUUAACGCAUUACUGACACAGCUGGAUGCUAUUAAAGAACAUCCAAAUGUUUUAAUAUUAGCAACAUCAAAUUUAGCUGACACCAUCGAUUUGGCCUUUUUAGAUCGUGCUGAUAUCAAACAAUAUAUUGGCUUGCCAAAUGCUGCUGCAAUUAAAUGUAUUUACGAAAAGAUGUUAACAGAGAUGAUGCGUAUUGGCAUAAUUAAUGAACAAUCGCUGCAAGAUACUGAACGACAUGAGGGAUUGUUAACGGCUUUAUCCGAACGCAGCAUUGGUUUAAGCGGACGUGCACUACGUAAACUGCCAUUUCUGGCGCAUGCUGUACACACGGCAAGCUCUGAUUUUGAUAUGAAUGGAAAGAUUGAAUUAUGCGAUUUUUUGGAUGCUAUGUUAGCUGCGCUUGAACAGCAUCAUGAAGAUCAGAAGCAAAUAAAAACAUAAGUUAAUAAGUAUUUUGAAAAGUCAAAUUUUCAUAUAUUUUUGUGCAUUAUGAAAUACAAUAAAUAAAUACAAUUACACAACAAAAA